AUGUAUCAGCCAGAGAAUAUCACGACAGAAUUCCAAACGACAGUUAAUGCAGAUACGACAACAAACAAUAUGUAUCAGCCCGAGAAUAUCACGACAGAGUUCGACACGACUGUUAAUGCAGAUACAACAGAAAAUAUGUAUCAGCCUGAGAAUAUUACGACAGAGUUCGCCAUGACAGUUGAUACAGAUACGACAGCAAACGAUAUGUAUCAGACUGAAAAUAUUACGGCAGAGUUCGCCACGACAGUUGCAAAUACGACAGCAAACAAUGUUACUCAAUCCGAAACUAUUACAACAAACGAAAACCUUACUUCAAAGUCUUCAAUGAGUAAGUCCAGUAAAAUUGCUGCUGGUAUUUGCAUACCACUGGCGAUUCUCGCAAUACUUGGAAUCACCUAUGUUUUUUAUCGAAGGCGCUACAAAGAUCGCAGUAUAAAGUUUACGGAGAAAGGGUCAACAUGGUCAUAUUCAAAUGCCUCUUUUACAGAUGACGCUAUUAAAUCCACUGCUCAACACAGUUAA